UUUUUUUCGAAGAAGAAUCAUCUUCAUCUUCUUCUUCCAGAGGGAAUUGAAUUUGUUUUCUUUCUCCUGGAGUUGAGAUUAUACGCUUUCUGCUGUAUUGAAGAAGAAGAAGUUGUGUCCUAUAUCUUACUAUUUAGAUUUGGGGGGAAAUUGAUUAGGGCUCUAUCCUCGCGCAGCACUAAAUUAGGGUUACGUUCGGCUUAGAAAGGGCAAAAUUCGAUAGAGUGUGUGUGUUGUGAUUUUGAUGAGGUUCUUCUAGCCAAAAUUACUGAGUAACUACUGUCGACACCAAUUUGGGAUUGUAUUCAAUUUUUUGUGAUCAGCAAUGUCUGGGAAUAACGAGUUGAACGCACUAAAAGGGCCUCAAAGCUCUCUGCCUUGGCCAUUUGGAAUGGCCUCUGCAUCGUUUGCUCCCUCCCACAUGGCCCCUCCUAACUUUCAACCUCAGUUUCAGCUCUCUCAAGACCAAGGGAUUAGUGCUCCUGGAAGAAGGUUCCCACAUAAACCUCCCAUUGGAGGACCUCCUGCUGUUCCUCCUAGUAUGGAGUUGACUCCAGCUUCCAGGAAAAAGAAACAUAAGCUUCCAGACAAGUCCUCCUUGCAGGAGCGCGUUGCUGCCGUCUUGCCCGAGUCUGCUCUCUACACACAGCUUCUUGAGUUUGAGUCUCGGGUUGAUGCCGCUCUCUUCAGAAAGAAAGUUGACAUCCAAGACUCCCUUAAGAACCCUCCUUCCAUUCAGAAGACCCUUAGGAUCUACGUUUUCAACACCUUUUCCAACCAGAUCCCUGGUCCUGACCCUCCCACAUGGACUCUUAGGAUUUUCGGCAGGGUCCUGGAUCCUGACCACACUGGUGGAUUAGUUCAGAAUUCAAACCCACUUUAUCCCAAGUUCUCGUCUUUCUUCAAAACGUUAAAGAUAUCCCUGGACCAGAGCCUGUAUCCUGAGAACCAUCUGAUCGAAUGGAAAAGGGAUCGAUCGCCUGCUCCUCUGGAAGGGUUUGAGAUAAAGAGGAUAGGGUGUCAGGAGUUUGCAGCUACUAUACUGUUGGAGAUGAAUUACGUCCCUGAGAAGUUCAAGACUUCUCCUGCUUUGAUGCAAGUUUUGGGCAUUGAGGUUGACACUCGCCCAAGAAUCAUUGCGGCAAUCUGGCAUUACGUGAAAGUCAGGAAACUGCAAAACCCAAACGACCCUUCUUUCUUCAACUGUGAUGCUGCUCUCCACAGUGUUUUUGGGGAAGAGAAGAUGAAAUUCACUAUGCUCUCUCAUAAGAUAUCUCAGCACCUAUCACCUCCGCCUCCCAUUCAGCUUGUACACAAGAUCAAGCUUUCGGGGAACAAUCCAGCCAUCUCAGCAUGUUACGAUGUGCUUGUGGACAUACCAGCACCGGUCCAAACGGAGCUUUCCAAUCUGCUCGCUAAUCCAGAGAAGAACAAAGAGAUUGAGGCAUGUGAUGAAGCCAUAUGCGGAGCCAUAAGGAAAAUCCACGAGCACAGAAGGAGACGGGCGUUUUUCUUAGGGUUUAGCCAGUCACCGGUGGAAUUCACCAAUGCCUUGAUGGAAUCUCAGACCAAAGAUCUGAAGCUUGUUGCAGGAGAAGCAAGUCGAAACGCUGAGAAAGAAGGCCGAUCAGAGUUCUUCAAUCAGCCAUGGGUGGAGGAUGCUGCAAUACGUUACUUGAACCGGAAGCCAGCAGGCGGGUAAGAUGCAGAUGGGCCAAGAAGUUCAUGAGUUCACUACUUUUACCUAGAAGUCACUUAGGUCCAGGACACUUGAUCAGUGUCGUUCCUUAUAGGUUUUUUUUCUAAGUGAAACAUUGUUACUCAAGUUUCAAGAGUUUUUACUUUGGUUUGUAGCUCGUGCAUCAUAUGCGACAAAAUAUAAGAAAGAUAAAUACUUGACUUUUUCACUUUCUUUUGUAGAUUCCACGUACUGACUUCCAAUUGGCUCGAUCUAGUCUUGUAGAAUAAUAAUAACGUACGUAUUAUUAUGGAUAGAAAAAGAC